AUGCCGACGGAGGAUAGGGUGUGUUUUACGUGGGAGGAAUAUGCCCGUCAUGUGAGGGAAUACUGGCGUGGAGUGGCAGAAUCCGAUGGUUUUGAUUCCGAGGAUAUUCGAAGUCCAGUAGUGCUUACUGGACUGUUUCACUACGACUGUCAAUCUGGUCGUCAUUAUCCUGAACCUCUCUUGGGGACAAGUUUCGAGCUCGCUGCCCUACUGAAAUUCAACAAGACAAUGAACCUUACGUCUUCGUACUACAUUACUCUUCUUGCACAUGAUCCAUCAUUGGAGAAAACCUUUCAGGUUCGAGUUGAUGAACGAGAAUAUGGCAGUUUGGAUUUGACAGUCGCUAUUGCUAGACCUAAAAAAGAUCAAAAUGAAGUGUCAGAUGGUGUCUUCCAAGGUCCAUUGCCUGAUUGGCCCUCAGAAGAUGCUUUGCGUCAUGAUAGAAACCGAUUUUACGAGCUAGAGAUAUCAGAGUGGCAAGCCACUGAUUGGAUUUCUCUUUAUUUGAAACUUUUGAUUUUAGCGACUGAUAGAGGGAUGUUUGUGCAGACUGGUCUGCCCCAGGUUCAGAUUCUGGAAGUGGUGAUUGAAACUGAGGAAGAAAAUGAGAAGCCCCCGGAUAAGAGACUCAAUGCCAGAAGGGCACAUGUCUAUAUAACUUUUACGGGCUUGCCCAAGUCCCCACGUCUUGUUGAGAUUGGUGAGCAUGUUGAACGCAAAGCUAUCAUUAGAAGAGUCAUCGAUGCUUCAGGAUACUUGACUCUCCUUGGUAAGUUUUGGAGUGGUAAAGAUACUGAUCAGCAGCGUUCUAUGACUCUCCCGAGUGGAGAACAAGCUGAGAGUUCUAAAAAACGACCUCGCUUAAGCUAG